CAGCAUUUAUUCGCGACCAAGGCGAUGGUUAUAUCAAUUCUACGCGAUGUGUUGGUGAAGCAGGAUCAGUAAAAACAUACCGCGGUAGGAAGCAUGGCCAGCGGCGGCCUUCUUAGUUGCGGGCGUGGCAGCAGCUCUCUUUGGGGGCAUGAUGACGGUGUGGUUGUUUGUGGAGAUAUAUAGGUGUAGAAGAAGUAUAUAUCAGGCGAGGCAAUGUCUUAUCUAUUUUUUUGUUUGUUUGAGUGGUGGAGAGAUCGAAGAGAAGGAGGAAAGAAGAAGUGACGGAAGGGGAGGAGACGAUGCGCGGGGCAUCCGCCGACUUUAUAGGGCAGCGGGCAAAGGGCCAGGAUCAACUUUUGCCUACACGUCCGGUUUUGUUUUUAUUUUGCUCUUUUUUGUGCGUAUUAGCCUGUUUGAUUUGCUUGAUUUAUUCUUAUUAUUUUAUAGUGUGAAAUAUAAUACGAUCAUAUAUAUAGAAGAGUAUUCUUGUUGUUUAUGCCUACGCGCAUCACCAUGAGAUGAUGUCUUCUCCAACGCGUCUACUCCUUUUCGUCUCUUCGCUUCUUUAAUCUAUUUGACUCGGGUUCUGUCGCUGAUAGUCGUGCACACUCCAUCUGAUC